GGUGGAUGCUUGAGAGAGGAGGAUAAGGCACCAGAGUCUGGGACCAGUGGAAUGGAGGCCUGAUGUAGAUGGAAAGAUGGAUGAAGAAGAAGCUCUGAACUCUAUUAUGAAGGAUUUGGCAGCGUUGGGCAAGUGUGGGGGGCUGCUGGACAACAACAGGAAUAAAACCAGUGUCCACUCCAACAAACAGCAGCGAAAUGUCAGGAUCAAGUUUGAAUAUGAAGGAGAGAAAAGGAUUAUCCAGUUUCCAAGACCAGUCAGAUUCAAGGAGGUGGUGCAGAAGGUCACAGAUGCUUUUGGGCAGACGAUGGACUUGGUCUGUGUGAACAAUGAGCUCCUGAUGCCACUGAAAUCCCAGGAAGAUUUGGACAAAGCCAUGGAACAGUUGGAGCUGAGCCCUUCCCUGAAGAGCCUGCGGAUCCUUGUGAGCGCUCCAAAGAAAGCGAACCUCCUGCAGCCCAACAACAGCAAGCAGCAUGAGAUGAGGAUCUCCAGAUCCAUGGGAGAUAUCAUGGGAUCCCUGUACAAAGACUCGGAGAGGACACGCAAAUAUUCCACAGGCUCCCUGCACACCGGGCGCAGCUCCCCGCCGCCGGGCAGCGUUCCCGAGGAGCAGCAGCAGAUCGCCCGCCAGGGCUCCUACACCAGCAUCAACAGCGAGGGAGAGUUCAUCCCCGAGACCAUGGACCAGAACAUGCUUGAAGCUUUCAUCAGCCCUGAUGAUUCUCUGUCUGGGAGCUGCCAGUCACUGGACAGGUCUGUGGACAGCCCUCCCUUUCCCCAAACCCCUGUUCCUGGAAGGAAGAGCCAUCCCAAAGACAGUCUUGAUUGCAUGGAUUUUGACAUCCCAUUCUGUGAGAGGUUUGGGAAAGGUGGGACCUUCCCAAGGCAGUACCAUCUCUCCCAAAGUCGCAAGGACUACAGCGAUGGCCGGAGGACUUUCCCCAGAAGUUACUUCCCACAGGAGAACCUCUUUCAGCUCGUCCCUUCCAGCAGAACCAAGAGCUUUACUGGGGACAGCAAGCUCAGCACUCUGCAGUAUGAUGAGUACAGGCCCAAGUGUUGGAACAAUUUUGAAAAGGGUCUGCAAGCCUUCAGCACCUCCCCUACAAAAGCCAGGAACUCCCUGCAGGCACCUGUGAACUGGAGGCUGGGCAAGCUGCUGGGAAGAGGAGCUUUUGGGGAAGUUUAUCUCUGCUAUGAUGCUGACACCGGGAGGGAGCUGUCAGUGAAGCAGGUGCCUUUUGACCCUGACAGCCAGGAGACAAGUAAAGAGGUGAAUGCUUUAGAAUGUGAGAUUCAGCUGUUGAAGACUCUCCGUCACGACAGGAUCGUGCAGUACUAUGGGUGCCUGCGGGAUCCUGAGGAGAAGAAAUUGUCCAUCUUUGUGGAAUACAUGCCAGGGGGCUCAAUAAAGGACCAGCUGAAAGCUUACGGUGCUCUGACAGAGAAUGUCACACGGAAGUACACCAGGCAGAUCCUGCAGGGAGUCUUCUACCUACACAGCAAUAUGAUUGUCCACAGGGAUAUUAAAGGUGCCAAUAUUCUGAGAGAUUCUGCCGGAAAUGUGAAACUUGGAGAUUUUGGGGCCAGCAAACGCAUUCAGACCAUCUGCAUGUCCGGGACUGGGAUUAAAUCUGUCACAGGGACACCAUACUGGAUGAGCCCAGAGGUUAUCAGUGGAGAGGGCUAUGGAAGGAAAGCUGAUGUGUGGAGCGUGGCGUGCACCGUGGUGGAGAUGCUAACGGAGAAGCCGCCUUGGGCAGAGUUCGAGGCCAUGGCGGCAAUUUUUAAAAUCGCCACGCAGCCCACCAACCCCCAGCUCCCCGACAGCGUCUCCAGCUCCUGCCGCAACUUCCUCAAGCAGAUCUUCGUGGAAGAGAAGCGGAGGCCGACGGCCGAGGACUUGCUGCGGCACCCCUUUGUCAACUGCGGGCUCUGAGCGCUGCCAGCGGGGCCGGGGAGCGCCGUGUGGGGAGGUCGGGCCUCACCCGGGGCUGUCCUGACAGUCCCUCCUCGCUCGCUGCUGCCUCGGCCCCGCCGCCUUGUUGGAUUUUCAAGCUGCGCUCGGGACUGUGGGGACUUCAGAGCCAGGGAUUUCCCGGCCUUGUGCGGGUGCUGGACCACGGAACCUCCCUGCUGCCAGCGGUACCGGGCUCGUCCCCCCUCGCCAAGUAACUGCUCUCUUGGGGGAAGUGUGACGAGCGGGAAAUGUCCCUCAGCGAAAUGGCCCCCCCCGGCAAGCGGGGAAUGUCCCCUCAGCGAGCGGGGAGCGUCCCCUCCGUGAGUGGGGAAUGGCCUUUCCAGCGAGCGGGGAGCGUCCCCUCAGCGAGCGGGGAGCGUCCCCUCCGUGAGUGGGGAGUGUCCCCUCAGCACGGCGGGGAAUGUCCCCUCUGCAGGGCGGCGGUGCCGGCGGCAUCCCCAGGAGCGGUGGGGAAAUCGGAUGCUCAGCGGCCAUCAGCACCUUUCGCAGAGGAACAGACAGGGCCUUCAGCCCAGCCGGAGGAGAUGAUCCUCAGACCGCAGAGUCGGGGGGACCUGGGCGUCCCCAUCCACGAGGGGACCGACCCCGCUGGAGCGGGGCGGCGUUUCACACUGUCCUGUGCCUUACGCGGUUACAAUCAAGGAGUGAUGCUCGGCUCGGAUCUGGUGUGAGGAUGCAGCAGCCGUGUUGACUUUGCCUUGGCGUGUGUGUGUGUGUGUGAGUGUGGGAACCAGGGGGUCUUCUCGGGGUGCAGGAGGUCUCUGCUGGGUACGCCCGCGGACGGAUGCCCGGGACCCCUGCCAUGGGCUGAGGGAUGGCUAAAUGAUGGUGGUGGUGAUUAAAUGCUGUGUGGGCAGGGCUGAGCAGCAGCCAGGUUGUGCUGGGAGCUGAAGGGAAUCUCAGCAAGGACAGCUCUGCUCACAGCCACAGUUUGCUGAGCCCGUGCUGCUGGGAUGCCAUCGUGUUCUGGACAUGGAGCUGCAGGAAGAGCCCAGUGCAUCUCUAAAACCCAAGAGAGUGCCUAAAAUUAGGCAGAAAGGACUGAUGCAUAUGAAUCUGGGUAUGUCCUCCUCCAGGCACCUCCUCUGUGCCUUGUGGAGCAUCAGUGGUGCCCAAGGGAGCAGCUACAGGACAAUGGAGCCCCAGACUGGGAAAGCGGAGCUGCAGCAGUGGAGGGCAACUGGAAGCAGAUUCCUUCCCUCAGUAGGUUUGAGGUUGAAUGAGAAAAUGGGCCAGUCAACAGCUGAGCUGAGUCUCUGACCAGACUGCCCUGGAAAACCUGGGCAGCAAGCACACACAGAGUCCCUGGAAGCUAGUUAAUUAAUUAAUCAAUCAAUCAGAUCUUGGGGGUGUUGGGAUAAAUUAAUUGCACCAUCGCACCUCCCCCUUCUCUGCUGCAAUAGCUGUUUCCACUGACUCAGCAAAGGGUCAAAAAAGCAGUUACCAGGAGGCUCCAUCCUCAGGCCAGUGUGUCAGACACAGGUUUAUUUUAAUGCUGGUUUUCAGUGAAAAUGAAAAAUGUUGCUCAGACUUAAGAAGAAAGUGACAAAUUGGUUGUUUGUGUGAACACAUCCUUGAAUUCUUCCGUGUGGAAGAGAUCAAGACUUUGCAUCACUGGUGUGUCCAUGUCCUCAGCUCUGAACAGAAAAGCAAGAUUUAGGAGGCUGCCUAGUGUAGCUGUGGAUGUCCCAUUUCUGGAAACAUUCAGGGUCAGGGCUGGAUAUGGCCAACCUUGGAGCAACCUGGUCUAGUGAAAAAGUGUCCCUGCCCCAUGGCAAGGGGUUGGAAUGAGAUGAGCUCUAAGUUCCCUUCCAACCCAGACCAUUCAAAGAUUUCAUGAUUUCAAGAAUUAUUUCAGUUAAAAAAAAACCCAAAACAACACUAUUAGGACAAAUUAAAAGAAAUACCCAAAAGAAUUCCCUAUAAAUCUGUCUGAAAGCUAUCAAGGCCAUUUAUUCCAGGCCAGGUUCCAGGGAAGCUGGGUGGAAUGCUGGAGCAGCACUGGGGCUUGUGCCAGUCAGCCAUGGGGUGAUGGACAGCCCCCAUAGGGAGGGGAAAAGUCUCCUUUUGCUGAGGGGAAUGAAGAAUUUUAUUCUGUGAAUGGGACCAAAUCCAUCAGUCUGGUCAGUAAUACGGGAUGGAUGGAAGCAAACACAAGGGAAAAAAAAAUCAGCGUUGUCUGGGAAUGGGUUUGGCAGAAGAGGGUAACAAAGUGUGUGUUCACCAAAGCUAAAAAAAAAAAAAA